AUGCCCGCCAUGUCGCCGACAAUGACCGAAGGCAACAUCUCAAGUUGGAAAGUCAAAGAGGGCGACUCCUUCGCCGCAGGGGACAUCCUCCUGGAAAUCGAGACUGACAAGGCUUCAAUGGACGUGGAAGCUCAGGACGACGGUGUCAUGGCCAAGAUCUUUCAAGGAGACGGCUCCAAGUCAGUCAAAGUUGGCACGAGGAUAGCUGUCCUUGGUGAUCCCGGGGAUGACAUCUCGAGUCUGGAGAUCCCGCCGGACGACUCGAAGCCCGCGCAGUCGGAGGCAGAUAAUGUAAAGGGCGGAGAAGAUUCGAAGUACGAAACAUCCGGAGUUGAAAAGGAGAUACCGGGCACGCCGCAAAACCAGAGACCGGCGAAGGACAAGCCGAAAACGAGUCCAGUUGGGCCAGGCCAGAAUCCCAUAUACCCACUCUAUCCUUCGGUGAUAGCCCUCAUCCACGAGAACCACAUCUCUGAUGACGACGUUGCCAAAAUCCCAGCCACCGGGCCGAAUGGAAGACUGCUGAAAGGGGACGUCCUCGCAUAUUUGGGAGCAAUUGAUUCCGAUUACUCGGCCAAACAAUCCAAGCGCAUCGAACAUAUGGCGCAUCUCGACCUCAGCAACAUCAAGAUCCUAGCCACCACCCCUCAGACGGCCGUAAAGCCUACCGGAGCUGCCGCAGCAGUACCUGAAGAGAUCAUCCCACAAAUCACCAGCGUCAGCAUUACCAUCUCCCUUGCCGAAGUGCUCAAGGUGCAAAAACGCAUAAAAGACACGUUGGGCGUGACUGUGCCUCUGUCAACUUUCCUCGCCCGUGCCGUCGACCUCGCCAAUGAUGAUCUGCCUCAACCCAAGAAUGCGAAGCCAUCGGCAGAUGACCUCUUCAACGCCGUCCUCGGACUGGACGCAAUACCCACAACGUCGAGAGGAGCAUAUCUCCCACAGAUCGAUGCAUUUCCCAUUAUUCCGCCCUCUAAACCCCAGUCCACGUCAUUCUCACGCUCACCUCGCGUCUCCCCCUCCACGGCAAAGAAGAUUGAUAUCAUCGACAUCCUGUCCGGCAAAGUCACCCCCAAAAGAGCGGCCCCCUUUUCUACAUCUUCGGCGCCGAUACCAGGCCGAACCCUAAGCACGGCAGAGGGCGCGUUGAAUGUGUUCAGUCUGACAGUCCCCGUGGGCGAAGAGAAGAGGGCACGCACGUUCCUGGAGAGGGUCAAGACCGUGCUGCAAGUCGAGCCAGGGAAGUUGAUCCUGUAG